ACGAUGCGCUCCAGCGAGUUUUACUUCCCCUGUACAGGGGUGUUUGCCAGCAGCCGGCGGUUGCUCUCAGAAGUCAGUUCCAGUGACUUGAGCUCUUGAGCCCAGAGCCUUACCAUGCUGCUCCCUAGAAAGGCCAGGAGCUGCUGACAUCUCCCUGGGCAGCAACUCACAUCUGCUCUCAAGAAAAAUGGACAAGCUGAAUAAGAUAACUGUCCCUGCCAGCCAGAAGCUGAGACAGCUUCAAAAAAUGGUCCAUGAUAUUAAGAACAAUGAAGGUGGAAUAAUGGACAAAAUAAAAAAACUGAAAGUCAAAGGACCUCCAAGCGUUCCUCAGAGGGACUACGCGUUAGAGAGCCCUGCUGACGAAGAGGAUCAGUGGACAGAUGACUUUGACAGUGACUAUGAAAAUCCAGAUGAGCAUUCGGACUCUGAGAUGUACGUGAUGCCCGCGGAGGAGACGGGCGAUGAUUCCUACGAGCCACCUCCCGCUGAGCAGCAGACAAGGGUGGUCCAUCCAGCCCUGCCCUUCUCCAGGGGCGAGUAUGUAGAUAAUCGAUCCAGCCAGCGGCACUCUCCGCCCUUCAGCAAGACACUUCCCAGUAAGCCCAGCUGGCCGUCAGCAAAAGCAAGACUGGCCUCCACCCUGCCAGCCCCCACCUCUCUACAGAAGCCUCAAGUCCCCCCCAAGCCCAAAGACCUCCUGGACGAUGAGGCUGACUACGUGGUCCCUGUGGAGGACAAUGAUGAAAAUUAUAUCCAUCCCAGAGAAAGCAGCCCGCUGCGUGGUGAGAAAGCUCCCACGGUGAAUAGAUCGACCAAGCCAAACAGCUCCUCAAAGCCAGUAUCGCCUCCAGGGCACGUCACAGGUCGGAACAGUGGGGUCUGGGACUCCAAGUCAUCUUUUCCCGCUGCACCAUCCCCACUGCCACGAGCCGGGAAGAAAACAGCUACACCACUGAAGACAACUCCAGCUGCCCCUCCACAGAACGCAUCAAGUGUUUGUGAAGAAAAACCUGUUCCUGCUGAACGCCACCGAGGGUCAAGUCACAGACAAGACACUGUACAGUCGCCAGUGUUUCCUCCCGCCCAGAAACCUAUCCAUCCAAAGCCUGUACCUCUGCCAAGGUUUCCAGAAGGGGGAAGUCCCACUGUAGAUGGACUGUUACCUAGCUUUUCAUCUUCUCCCACUUUUGCAGACCAGGAAGCUGAGCUUCACGGUAAGCCCUGGUAUGCUGGCGCCUGUGACCGCAAGUCUGCAGAAGAAGCCUUACACAGAUCCAACAAGGAUGGAUCAUUUCUUAUUCGGAAAAGCUCUGGCCAUGAUUCUAAGCAGCCAUAUACGCUAGUUGCGUUUUUUAAUAAGCGAGUAUAUAAUAUUCCUGUACGGUAUAUUGAAGCAACCAAACAAUAUGCUUUGGGAAAGAAGAAAAAUGGUGAAGAGUACUUCGGAAGUGUUGUGGAAAUCAUCAAGAAUCACCAGCACAACCCCCUGGUUCUUAUUGACAGUCAGAAUAACACAAAAGAUUCCACAAGACUGAAAUAUGCUGUGAAGGUUUCAUAAAGGAAGAGACGUCAACACCACUGUUCCAGACAUUUCCCCCAUUUCUCCUUUUGAGAAAACUUCAUAUUCUGGAUGUGAAUCAUCAGCAAUAAAAGAGAAGAUAAAUGAAUUCAUGGAGGCGGUAAAUCCAGUCCUUCAUAAGAUGUUCACAUGAGCUUUUCUAUUGCCUGACCGGAUGAAGUAAUAGCUGGGGAGCAGUUAUGAUGCUACUAAUGUUUUCCAAAUAAAUGUAUUUAAAAGAACCAGGAGUAGUGCAUUUUCAGUGAUACAAGAAAAUAACAUUAUAUUUUUAAACUAAGAAGAUUUUACACUUGGAUACAACCAAAAAGCCACUGGGAAUUUAGGCCCUUACAGCAAUCACUGCACCUGAAUGGAGCUAGGCUGUCUACUGCUGAAGCUUGACAAUUAUGUCUUAAACCUUUUUCUUUUUUUCUUUUGAGAUAGUUUCACUAUGUAGACCAGGCUGGCCUGGAAGUCACAGAGAUCUACCUGCCUCUGAUUCUCAAGUACUGGUAUUAGCGAUAUGUACCACCACACCCAAUUUCAGUUAAACUUAUAAUAUGUAGAUUAAAGUAAUGAAUGGCAGACAAAACAGGGGUUUGGAACAGAUCUAUGUGUGCCUCCAACCAUAUGAGAAGUAAACAGAGAUGAACUUUCCAGUUCUGCCAGAUUGUGCUAUUGGAUUUGCCUAUUAGAAAUAAUCAUUCCCCCUUUGAUCUGAGUAUCUAUUAGAUGGCACCUAAACUUGGUGUGAAAUGGAGAUGAUAAGUAAACCAAUUGGAAAAGCUGGGUGCUAGGGAAAUAAUCCAGAGAACAUGAGCAGAUAGGCUGGUGUCAAUAAACACAAAGGAUUUCAUUAGUUUCUUUUCUGUUGCUGUGAUAAUGCAUCAAAACCAAGGCAACGUACAGAGGAAAGAGUUUUAUCUGGUUUGCAGUUCUGGAAAAACAAGAGUCCAUCGUGGCAGCAAGUAGCAGGCAUCGCCACAGCUGGAGCAUGAUGCCAAGAGCUCACACCUCAACCACGAGCUGAAGCCGAGAGCAUGAACUGAAAAUAAGUGAUGCCUUUUCCUCUCUCAGAGCCACCCCCUCCCAGCAACACCCAGGACAUAUCACAAGCCCCUCCCCAAAUGGAGCCACCAAUGAGGACCAAGGGUUUGGAUGCCCAAGACCAUGGGUGGGGGGACAUUUCUCAUUUAAACCAUCACAAGGAUAAAGAGAUGCUACAGUGAACAGCCUUGCACAAGGUCUUAGAUCAGUCCAGAUAUGUACUCUAGAUGGUGUUGAAAUGAUAUGCAGCUAAUUAAGUCUAAUAAUCAAAUGAGAACACACUUAAUCACUGGAUAAGAUAGCAGCACCAAUGCGUUUUAAAAAGCCAGAUGGUGGUGCCCAAGACUAUGGGUCAGAGCAACUCACAGACUCUCUCAUAAACAGAGCAACAUGUUUUUAAGUGUCAGUUUCGUAACUACUAAACUAUGAGUUGAAUUAUGUCCAACACAUUUACAAAGUGUUGCGUAAUUUUUAAAAACUCUUUUAUCUACAUUUCUUUAUAUCUCCUUCUCUCUAUCCUAAUCCUUUCCAACACUCCAACAUCAGGUAGGAGACAGAGUUAGUGGGAGAGGGGGCACAGUUCUCUUAGCUGCUUCCUGCUGGUUAGCAUCCUCAGGUUCCUUGGAGCCAAUCCAAUCCUUGUUUCAGGAGAUCUCCAACUUCUUGUCUCACUGCAUCAACAGCAACAGGAGCUGCAGAGAGGAAGCAACAGCAGCCUUGUUCUUUCUCGGAGCUCCUCCAUGCUCUCUGGGCUCUGGCAUUUAUUCUCUCUCCAGAGUCCUCAGAUUUAAACUAUCUGCAGCUGGCAAAGAGCCCCUCUCAGAGCCCACAUGAGGCAAAUAGUUUGUUGGUGUGGCCAAUCUGAAUCAGUCCCACAUCCCACGCCUGGGAUUAAAACAAAAACAUGUUUCUAUCCACAACAAUAAAGUCAAGUUAAUAUGGAGUCAUAAGGUAGGUGCUACUCAGGUGACCUGUUCUUUAUGAAGAAAAGAGUUUGAGUACAGAUGCAGCCACUCAUAGAGGGAAGGCUGUCAAGAGGCAUCAUGAGAAGACAAGGGACUGGACCCAUGCACCCAUAAACCAAAGAAUGUCAAGGAUGGCUGUCAAACCAGCAAAAGCCAGGCAAGGGCAAGAACAGAUUCCCUUCCAGAGUUCAGUGGAAACACUGGCCCGUUUAUACUUUGAUUUCAGAUUUCAAGCAUCUAGAACUGGAGGUCAGUAAGUCUAUUUCAAUCUCUUUCUUUAAGCCACUCAGAUUGUGGUGGCUUGUUACAACUGCCCUCUGAUGGGAAUACAGUUCAUAGAGACUUUUUACAAUGAAAUCUUUGGUAUAUAUUCAUAGAAGUUUUGAAAUUUUGUUUUGAAAGUGUUUUCCCUUUUACAAAAACAAUGUAAUUAUUUAGAAUGUACUAGAAAGAACUAUUUACAAUAAAGAAGACUGAAGCAGUCCUUUGCAAAAAACACCCAUUAAUAAUAUAAGACAGGAACCCUCUCCGAGUAGCCUUGGCUGUCCUGGACUCACUUUGUAGACCAGCCUGGCCUUGAACUUACAGAUAUCCUCCUGCCUCUGAGUGCUGGGAUUAUAGGUGUGCAGUACCAUGGCCAGUUUUUUAAACAGUUUACUUUUUAAGAUUUUAUGUACAUUGGUGUUUUGAUUGCAUGUAUGCCUGUGUGACGGUAUCAGAUCCUCUGGAACAGGAUUUAUAGACAGUUGUGAGCUGCCAUGUGGGUGCUGGGAAUUGAACCAGGGUCCUCUGGAAGAGCCAGUGCUUUUAACCGUUGAGCCAUCUCUCCAGCCAGAGAUACAUUUUAAUGUAAACAAAUCUUCAUUCAUUCCUUCUGUUGCCACAGCGACCCCUGCUCAAAACAGCCUUUUUUUGCCCUGUCCCCAACUGCCCCCCUCCUGGUGUUCCCCUCCAACAAGAUGAAGAAGCAUAGCUUCUAAACAAACAAACAAACAAACAAAAUGCAACUCCAUAGUAACUUAAUACUCAGCACUGCAAUGGUGGGCUUCUUGGAGCAAACGCUGGGAUUCAUAAGCCAGUCUCUGCAGAGGCAUCCAUACUCUAUUAGUCUCCAGUGUUGAGAGAAAUAUCCUACCUAACAAGCCAACCUUUCCCCAUCUCCCAGAAAGAGUCCGUUAGAGGGUAAAUAAUCCUACCCGCUUCUCCAAAGCCUUCCUCUGCAGGUGGAAUUCUCAGUGAAGCUAGGAAAACCUCCAAGAGAUCCCGUCAGCUUCAUCUAUAAUUAUCAAUGCUUGAUAAGAAAGUGAUUUUUUUUUCACAGAGAAAUUCUCAGGCAAGCUAGCUGAUGCGGAGGAGAGGGGGACUGGAGUGCCAUAGCGCGGCGGCUGAAGGCAGCAUCUCGGGUCCUGUUCUCUGUCUCAAGAACAUCGCAAAGCAGACUGCAUCCGGGGUGACAGAAAGGCUCCAGGCUUGUGCCAAUGGGCAGCAGAGAUGGGAUGGCUGCAUCUGCGGCCAUCAGAAGCCUGCCCUGUGCUGAAACGAACCAGCCACAGCACGGGUUUCGUGACUCUGAACCCCGAGAACUAAACUACUUCAUGGCAACCGGGUCAGGUUUGCCUAAGAAUAGAACGGACUGAUGCGAAGCAAAACUAGUCGUAUGCGAGGCAUGAUUUUAGAGCUGGACUGAAAUUAAAAUGACUUUAAGAUGGAGUACAACCUAACCUCUACUUAUAGGUGAGGUGGCAUAGAGGAAACUUAAAGCCUGCUGCCUGAAAGUUCAGUUGCAGCGAAUGCCCCUGGCAGGAGCUAAGCGCAAGGGGAGACAGUAUUGGCUUCAGAGACGGGUCUGUGUCCCGGAUCUACUGCUAACUGGUUUGCUGUCGGGCUUCCUAUCCUUGAAAGCGUCAGCUUUUACGUUUCUGAAACAACUUCUUUGUAGUCAUGACACAAGAGUGAGCAAAGGUACUUUUUUAUACCUCUACAAAUUAUGUCUCAAAAUACAAAAUACAAAAUACAAAAUAUUAACUCGCAGCCCCCUCGUUAAAAAUCUCCUUUGCAGAGAUUUAAACUGAUCUGUGAACAACUCUUCAAAUAAAACUGCUUGUGGACAUUC